AUGCAUCUCCGUAUUCUCACAGUUUUUUAUGAAGCCUUCGUAAUUCUACUUUUAUCGCUUGCCGCGCCUGGUGUUUUCGGAAUUGAUAGAUCACAAAUCAAGAUACUUCAAGGGAAUGAUGAUGGAUGGGCAGAAGCGAAUAUUAGAGCUGCAUAUAAAGUUUUCACCCAAGCGGGAUAUCAAUCAAUAAUAUCAGCACCAACGGAGAACAAAAGUGGUUCUGGAUCUUCUUCAGCACAACCAAAGAAAUUGGAGAAAGUUGGACAGUAUAGCUCAAUUAAAAAGGGUUCUCCAGGAAUUGGGAAUGACGAAGCAGAUGAUCAUAUUUGGUAUGUCAACGCAUUUCCGCUCGAUGGCAUACGAUAUGGCCUUGACACCCUGGUAGGGAAAUAUUUCGGAGGCGAUCCACAAUUGGUGGUCACUGGUCCAAACGUAGGAAAGAAUGUGAACCUCAUGGAUCUCUUUUCCGGCACAUUAGGAGCAGCUUUAUAUGCUACCAGUCGAGGGAUUCCAGCUAUCGCGAUCUCUGCAGCUGAUGAUUAUCGGCACAGUUACCAAGAUUCUAUAGCUCAUGAUUCAAGUCAAAUUUACGCUCAAGCUUCUUUAAGAAUUAUAGAAGCUUUAGUGCAAGGGCCUUCAGAUUCUCCAUAUUUACCCGUUAACCUCACCUUGAAUGUUAACCUUCAAGCAGCUGGCCCUGGUAAAAAUUGUCAAACUGCGAAUGAUUAUAAAUUUGUACUCACAACUAUUCAUCGAGCUUAUGUUGAACAUGAUCUUCAGCAUUGUGGUUCGAAACGACUGGAGAGUGAAGCUAGUAUAAUCCGCAGGAAAUCAGGUUGUUGGGCUAGUAUUAGUGGGGUUCAUAAUCGAUUUGGUGUUAGAGCCAACAUCGCCGAACAAGAACAUGUACGAAACCGGUUUGGAGACUUUCUCUCAUGUCCCUGA